AUAUUUAUGGCAUGGUUUUAAAAUGUAGGAAUUCUACUUCUUAUGUUCAUAAUCGGACAGUAGUCAGAUGUCAAUAAUAGUGUGUUGCAUAGGCUCGACGACACGACGCCCAUAUUGGUAGUGCCGAGCGUGGAUACAUGGAAAAACGGUGUUAUUGUUAAGGUUAUUUUGUACAAAAUGGAAGAAAACAUAAGAUGUAAAGAAGACUUUAUUUUAUUUUAAAGCAUACCAUGGCUUUGACGCUAUCUACGUCGAUAAAGAAGCAAAAGACGACAGGUAGAAAAUACCAAGAAGCCGUUUUGUGUCGUCUCUUGUAUGUCGUAAGUAGGGUGAAGUCUCCGACGGAGGCCGGACACGUCAUCGCCCUCAAUCAACGAAUUCGCUAUAGUAAAUACAAACGAGUUCAAGUAGAUUUCGUUACAGCAUGAUGUGCGCUUCUUUAAUCUCGACCAGGAAGACGCGAGCCCGCUCGCUGUUAAUCUCCUCUAAUCGCUUUUACUCGUAGCGAGGCGCACGCGCGUCCGCGCUGACACUGUCGUCAUCAUUAGCCACACUUUUGUUACGAGGACUCACACAACAAAGCCUUGAGUGCACAUCGAUUCCGACAGGAGUUCGACAAAGUCGUGUGAAAGGAAACGAACGAAAACAUUUACAGUAUGCGUAAUAAAGGAAACACCAGACGAUCAUAUAGUAUGCAUACAGUUUCGAUCACCAAUAACAACUAUGGUACAUUUUCUGAAAGGUAUAGCGGCACCAUGCGUCGCCGUCUUCUUAUAACAUAAAAGAUCCUUGUUCUUGCAAGCUCGCAAGGAUCUCCCUACUCCUUCCUAUAAAUAGAUAAUUUGAGUGUUCCCGAUGUCAUUCUGAGCCCCCUCACCCGCUCGCCCGCUCGCUGAUGCUACACCGCCGCCAUACUAUAGACGGGUGAAUUACAAUUAUAUCCACCUUCUGAUUUCCGUCAAUAAAAGGAAGGCGACGAAUCUGUAAACGGUUAGGUAGCCCGGUUUACAUUAUUCCAGUACAGAGAUCGAAGGCAACGCUGGUUUACAAAUGGAAACCCUUACAGCACAUUCCAGAGUGCAUGGACAGGUACACUUAUAAUGCAGUGCUAAUUUUAAUUUCUAUUUCUGGACCGGAAUACGAUAUAAUACAGAUUCAGGGAGGUGUACACCGCUACACGUCUGCACUUUUCUAUCAUAAAAAGAAUAACCGGACAGGUUACUAGUACUUGACAUUUCUUGCUGAAGUCAUAAACGACAAAUGUAGCGAGAUAAGACUGUUUUGUCGUAUUAAUCCCAAUUAAUUCUGCAAAAGUCAAAUAAAGUUCUUAAUCAUGUCAAUAUGUUUGUGGCAGUAUAUAAAGCGCGUGCGGCAGACAAACGGCUCUGUCGCCUGCAGCUCAUCCGUGAGCCCAAGCGUGCAGCCUCGAGCCACGCGCGCUCCUCACCGCGCCCAUGUACCCGCGCGCUUGCCAGUGCCGCUGAGAGCCGCAUAGCUUGGAGCCUUUCGUUGAGACGGUGCUGUCCUAGUAGCACGUGCCACCGUCACACUUCCCACUAUCCCAAAAUGGGACUAAAAAAGAAGUCGCGGGGGACAGAGGACACCGUCUCAUACUUUGAAAUUUACAAGUACGGACGAUGGUACGAGCUGCUGGCGACCGCGGUGGGCGUGCUGCUGGGCCUGCUGAGCGGCGGCGGCCUGUGCUACAACCUGGCGCAGUUCGGCGAGCUCACCACGGCUUUCGUGGACCGCACCGCCAACCAGCACCAGCUCUCCGCCUACUUGCCUUUAACUACAUUAUUUGGCGGCGGCAGAAGACUGGUUAACGCAUCGUACGAGGAGAACAUGGCCGCUCUGGAGGAAGACGCGCGCGCGAGCUGCAUCGGUUGCUUCGUGGCAAUCAUCAUCUCCCUGGUGCUGUGCAACGCCUCCAUCGCGCUGCUCGCCUGGAGCUCCGCUAGGCAGAUAACAAGAAUACGAAUGCUCUUCCUGGAGGCGGUGAUGCGGCAGGACAUGGCGUGGUUCGACCUCGACACCGACUUCAACCUGGCCUCCAAGAUGUCCGAGAACCUGAUGAAGCUGAAGGAGGGCAUGGGCGACAAGCUGGGCGUGAUCGCCAACCUGGUAGGCACCAGCGUGCUCUGUAUCUGCCAGUCGCUGAGCGCCGGCUGGCAGCUCACGUUGGCCUGCAUCACCGUCAUCCCAUUCGCUGUCGCCGCCUCCGUCAUCUUAUCUAACUACCAAACGCGUUCGCUGGCGCGGGAGAUGGCCUCCUACAGUCGCGCCGGCAAGCACGCCGAGGAGGUGCUCAAGUCGGUUCGCACCGUCAUCGCUUUCGCCGGCGAGCGAAUCGAGAGCGACAGGUACUUGGCGCUGCUGACGCCGGCGGAGCGCGCGGGCCGGCGGCGCGGGCUGCUGACGGGCGUGGGCACCGGCGUGCACUGGCUGCUCACGUACGGCAUGGACGGCAUCUGCCUGGCGUACGGCACGCGCCUGGUGCUGGCGGACCUCGACACUCCCGCCGAGCACAGGAAGUACGUCAUCGGCGUCUUGUUCAGUAUUCUGAUGAACGUGUACAUGGCGACGCAGUCGGUGACGUUUUGCGCGCCGCUGGCGGAGGUGUUCGCGGCGGCGCGCGGCGCGGCGGCCAGCGUGUUCGCGCUGCUGGAGCGGCGGCCGGCCAUCGACUGCCUGGCCGCCGGCGGCGCGCAGCCCGCCAGCCUCGCCGGCGACAUCCGGCUCGAAAGCGUGCACUUCAGCUACCCCGCGCGACCGGACGUCAAGAUUCUGCAAGGAUUUUCGCUACAUGUGAAGGCGGGAGAGUGCGUGGCACUGGUGGGCUCCUCGGGUUGCGGCAAGAGCACCGUGCUGCAGCUGGUAUGGGAGCAGUUUUUGAUAAAACUUGUAGAUAAAACAAUUACAACGCAAGUCGAUUGUAUGUCACUAUUGACCAGUCCCGUGCCGUGGGUUCUGUGGAAAGGAAUAAGUUAUUGUCCAGGGGAGGCGGAGGAGCGGCCGAGCGCUCGCAGCUCCGCCGGCUCGGCCGCGUCCGGCGCGCUCGCCGCGCCGCUCGCCGCUGACACAGAGGUCUACGACGAGGACGAAGAGGUGCAGCCGAUGAGCGACUGGCAGCUGCUGCGGCUGAACGCGCCGGAGUGGUCAGCGCUGCUGCUGGGCGCAGUCGCGGCCGUAGUGCAAGGCGCCUGCUUCCCCGUGAUGGCGUGGUUGGUGGGCGCGGCCGCCGGGAUAUUCGUGUUGCCGGAGCGCAGCGAGGUGCUUCGGCAAGCGGACCUGUUCGCGGGCAUGUGCGCGCUCGUGGGCGCCGUGGCGGCUGUUGCCAUGUUCCUGCAGAAUGCCACCUUCACGCACUCUGGCCUGCGUCUAACUAACAGGCUACGUCACCAGUACUUCUCCGCAAUAUUGCGUCAGGAGGUGGGAUUCUUCGACAAGGCAAGCAACCGCGUGGGUGCGGUGUGCGCGCGGCUGAGCGGAGACGCGGCCGAGGUACAGGCAGCAACGGGCCUGCGCCUCGGGCUGGUGCUGCAGGGCGUCAGCUCCAUGCUCAUCGGUGUCGUGAUGGCCUUCUGCUACGGCUGGAAGCUCGGCCAUCCUGCCAGUCGUAAGUCCGCUCUGAUUUAUAGUAGCGGCGUGUUGCAGAUGUUCGCGAGCAUCUUCUUAGAGCGGCUGGGGUCGCAGAGUUCGCAGAAGCGGGAGCGCGCCGCCAUGGAGGACGCCACCGCUAUCGCCACGGAGGCCAUCGUCAGCAUCCGCACCGUGCAAAGCUUAGGAGUGGAGCGUGUCUUUCUGAAGCGAUUCGAAGAGGCGCUGGCGCGGGCUCAUGCCGCCGUGGCGCCGGCCGGCUGGUGGCGCGGCCUAGUGCUCGGCCUAGACAUCUAUGUACCCUUCAUGAUCUUCUGCAGCGUAAUGGUGUACGGCGCAACGCUCGUUGCGCGCGAGGGUUUCGCCUACAAUAACGUUAUGCUGGUGAACGGCGCCCUGAUGUACGGCGCGUACAUGCUUGGUCAGGCGCUAGUGAUGGCGCCGGGCUUCGCCGGCGCCAAGACCUGCUGCGCCCGAAUACUGUCCGUGGUCCACAGGGAGCCCAAAGUCAAGACUGAGGAAGGCGUAAAAGACGAUCAAAAUUGGGCGGCCACCGGCAGCUUCAGCUUCAAGGACGUGGAGUUCAGCUAUCCCACGCGGCCGCAUCAGCGAAUUCUGAAAGGAAUUAAUCUGAAGGUGGCGGCCGGCCAGACCGUGGCCCUGGUCGGCUCCUCUGGCUGUGGCAAGUCCACCGUGCUGCAGCUGCUGCAGCGCUACUACGACCCCGACUCCGGCACAAUCGAGCUGGACGGGCGAGACGCACGCGGAGCACUCUCCCUGGUGCGGCUGCGGCGGCAGCUCGGCGUCGUGCAGCAAGAGCCCGUACUCUUCAACCGCUCGCUCGCAGAGAACAUAGCAUACGGCGACACGGCGCGCGACGUGCCCAUGGACGAGAUCAUCGCCUGCGCAAAGUCCGCCGACAUACACAACUUCAUUCUCACCCUGCCGCAGGGCUAUGAGACGAGCUUGGGCGCGAGCGGUGCGCAGCUGUCGGGCGGACAGAAACAGCGCGUGUGCAUCGCGCGGGCGCUGCUGCGCCGGCCGCGUCUGCUGCUGCUCGACGAAGCCACCUCCGCCCUCGAUGCGAACAGCGAGAAGGGGGUGACCCGGGCGCUGGAGCGCGCGGCGGAAGGCCGCACCUGCGUCACCGUCGCGCACCGCCUCUCCACCAUUAAGGACGCCGACCUCAUUUGCGUCUUGGACCAAGGUAAGAUAAUAGAGCGUGGUACGCACGCAGAGCUGGUAGCUUUGCAAGGGCGCUAUUGGCGGAUGUGUCGCGGCCAGCACGCGGCCUGACGGCGGCCAGCAUGCGCCCAGCACGCGGCCAACACGCGGCCAACACGCGGCCAACACGCGACCAGCAUGCGGCCAGUACGCGGCACAACCGCGCCUUCUGUUUGCGGAAUAAGGCGACUGCGAGCUCUUCAUUAUAAUGUGUUACUGUUAAAAAUUAAGCAUAAUAUAAGAUGAGGAUAUGUCGUG